CGCUGUCCCCGCCCUCCCAGGACGAGAGAGAUGGCGGCGGCUGCAGCGGCCGGUUGUGGUGACGGCGAGGGCCGCCGGUUGCCGCCCCGCUCGCUUACAGAGCCGACGCUGCACACCGUGGAGAUGCACACGGGCGGCGAACCGCUGCGGGUCAUCCCGCGGUUGGAGGCGAUGGAAGAAGCGCCCGUCACCGCCUUCGUGCCCUGGGAUGGGUGUCACAGCGGUAACCCCGUCCGCUUCCACAGCGUGCCCGCCUUCGCCACUGCCACCGACGUGGCCAUCGAUGUCCCAGGUCGUGGCAAGGUGGUGGUUGACAUCAGCUACGGUGGCACUUUCUAUGCCUUUCUCAGCGCGGAGCAGCUGGGCCUCGAUGUGUGCUCCUCAAAGACAAGAGACCUCGUUAGCGCAGCCAGCGCGGUGACGGAGGCAGUGAAGGAGCAGUUCAAGCUGCAUCACCCUGAGAGUGAAGACCUGGCUUUCAUCUAUGGCACCAUUCUGACAGAUGGGAAGGAUGCCUUCAGCGAGGAGCCCACCACCAACAUCUGUGUGUUUGCAGAUGAACAGGUGGACCGAAGCCCAACAGGCUCUGGUGUGACGGCUCGCAUUGCCCUGCAGUACCAUAAGGGACUCAUCCAGCUGAACCAGAGCAGAACCUUUCGGAGCAGCACCACGGGGUCCUUGUUCACGGGGAAGGCAGUGAAGGAAGCCAGGUUCGGGGACUACAACGCCGUUGUCGUGGAAGUGGCAGGGGAAGCCUUUUACACUGGCACGGCCACCUUCACUGUGGAAGAGGAGGACCCGCUGAAGCACGGGUUCUCCUUCAAGUGACCCGAGGCACUGUGCUGUGUCAGUCACCGAUGCUCCUCCUGCCUGUGCACUGUUCUGCUUCUCCCCAUGGCCUGGCGCAGUGUGCAAAGCAGCAGGACUGACCUUGGCUGCUGCCGUAACAGCUACUGCUGUGCUUCAGGAUGACACCUGCUCCUCUGCAGUCCUGGCUGGGAGCUUGCUUAGGAGAGCUGUCUUCAAAUUUCUGUGCCUUAUUUACAUUUUCAGAUUAUUCAGAUUCCUAUUAAAUGCCAGCUGAAAACA